CUAUCCCUUCGUUUUCUUCCACUCUCUCCCCACUUUAUCAGACAUCACCGGCAGCGUUUUCUCUGUUUCCACUCACUGUUAUCUCUUCUGAGUUCUGAUUACGAUUUCUUGGAUUAAAGGCGGCGGGCAGCUCCACUGAAGUCAGAAGAGCAAUCGCGUUACCGGUGAAACAUGGACGGCGUUCAGGGAAGCGUUUCCGCGGCGGCGAUCGGAAAUCCUCCGCCGCCUUUUCUGAGCAAGACGUACGAUAUGGUGGAGGAUCCGUCGACGGACGCCGUGGUGUCUUGGGGCAAGGGAAAUAAUAGUUUCAUCGUGUGGAACGCCCCCGAGUUCGCAAAACUCAUUUUGCCCAAGUAUUUCAAGCACAGCAAUUUCUCUAGUUUCGUCAGACAAUUGAACACUUAUGGGUUCAGGAAAGUAGAUCCUGAUCGCUGGGAGUUUGCUAACGAGGGAUUUCUAAGAGGCAGGAAACAUCUCUUAAAGAGUAUUAUCAGAAGAAAGCCUUUGCAUCCGACAAUACAACAACCAUCUGCACUUCCUCCCCCUCAAGUCCACCAAACUGAUCCGGUCAGGUCUCGUGUUGACGGGCUGGAGGAAGAGGUUGGCAUGCUGAAAAGAGAUAAGAACAUCCUAAUGCAGGAAUUUGUCAAGGUGAGACAACAGCAGCAAGUGAUGGAUCACCAGCUGCAGAAUGUUGGGCAGAAGGUUCAUGUGAUGGAACAACGGCAACAGCAAAUACUGUCCUUCCUUGCCAAAGCGAUGCAAACCCCAGGGUUUGUGGCACAGAUGGUUCAUCAAAAGAGUGAUGGCUUGCUCAUUUCUGGGGUGAACAAGAAAAGGAGACUUCCAAAUCAGGGCGAAGAAAGUUUUAGUGUUAAGCCUGUUGCUGCUGCAUUGACUGAUGGACAGAUUGUUAGGUUCCAGCCUUUAAUGAAUGAAGCUGCAAAAGCACUGUUGAGGCAAAUCUUGAAGAUAAACUCAUCUGCUCGGCUGGAGCCAAACUUUAACCACACCAGUGGCUUCUUGACAGAUAACGCAGCAAAUCAAGUAUCUGAAGUCAGUCUUUCGGAGGUACUACUAGCAACGGCUCCCACAAGCCCCUAUUUGACUUCAGAAAUCACUCAGGUUCCGGAGAUGAAUACAAUGCCUGGUUUUGUUGAUGACAUGGCCCCGGUCAUAUCAGACGGGUUUUCUCCUGACCCUGAGAUUGAUGUUUUGAUUGACGAGAUGCCAAAGCUUCCAGGCAUUAAUGAUGUUUUCUGGGACCAGGUUCUUUUGGCAAGCCCACUCACGGGAGGUACAGAUGAGACUAAUUCCAUUAUUUUAGAAGGUGGUGCAGUGAAAGAAGAUGAUGAUCUGACGGAAGAAGAGCUGGAAUGGGAUACAGUGAAGCGUGUGAAUGAUCUUACUGAACAAUUGGAGCUUCUUGCUUCUGGGUCCCCAAACACUGCGUGACUAUGUACAUUCCUCCUCUGCAUGACCCUAAGGCUAGUUUUCUGGUAUGAAUAGGAAGAACCUGCUCAAGAGCUGCCUCAGUUUUUUGCUGUCUUUCCAUUCCUUUUCCUUGUAUAUUUCUCCUACUUUUUUUUGGGCGAUUUAUAGAAAAUGUUCCUAUGAGAAUGCAUUUAAAAAGAGAUGACUUUCAUGGUUUCCUCUCUUGUCAAAUAUACGAGUAAAUCUAUA